CUUUUGUGGGUGAACUUGAUCAUGGACACAUUGGGUGCACUGGCUCUGGCUACAGAGAAGCCCACCAAAGAGUUGAUGAAGAAGCCACCUGUUGGUCGCACAGAGCCACUGAUUACCAAUAUCAUGUGGAGGAACCUCCUAGCUCAGGCUUUUUACCAGGUUGCAGUACUCUUGAUCGUACAAUUCAAAGGAGAAUCAAUCUUCAGUGUGACUGAAGCAGUGAAUGACACCUUGAUCUUCAACACUUUUGUGCUCUGCCAAGUUUUCAAUGAAUUCAACGCAAGGAAGUUGGAGAAGAAGAAUGUGUUCAAGGGUAUUCAUAAGAACAAGCUGUUUUUAGGGAUCGUUGGAAUGACCAUUGUUCUUCAAGUGCUGAUGGUUGAGUUUCUAAAGCGGUUUGCAGGUACAGAGAGGUUGAACUGGGAACAAUGGGGUGCCUGCAUCGCCAUGGUUGCUGUAUCUUGGCCCAUUGGCUGGAUUGUCAAGUGCAUACCGGUGCCACAGAGACCUGUUUUCAGCUAUCUCAAAUGGAAGAAACGCAUAUAAUGCUUCAAAUUUUUUUUCAUUCUUUAAACAUAUGCUUGCAUAUCCUAUAAUUUGUUUCAGAUUUCUCUGUUGGAGCUAUGGCAUGAAAGUUGAAAAUGCAAUCAAAUGAAAUCUGCUACAUGAUGCUGCACACAUGACUGCACAGUAGCUGACAGCAGCAUGGAGCUUUAGAUGGGUAACAAGAGAUGAUAGAAAAUUUCAUCAUUUUAGUCAGUGGUUUAGGUAGUUAAUAAUUAUUGUAUUAAGUA